GGAUUUUUUCAUUUCACAUUAAAAAAGGAGAAAAAGAACCAUCCCCUUGUUACAAUUAAAACUUCUCAAUUUCCUAUGCAAACCCUUCGUUGAUUUCGUAAUUUGGUCCCAACAAUAUUAAGGGACUCAUAAAUGGGAUUUUCCAGAUAAUAGCAGCGAGUAGGGUCUUCAAUUUGAAGGCUUUGGAGAUGUCUACCCAACAUGGAAAUUCCGAUCGCAAACCCCCUUCUGGAUCCAGUUCUCGCUUAUAUGAUCUGUUAUGUCAAGAACAGCCAUAUUGGAAUCGACCAAAUGAUGCAGAUAGUACACCUUGGUUUAUGAGGAAGGACUCAUGGAGAUCAUCUAGCGCAAAAGGAAGGCUAGAGAGAUUGAUGCAGGAAUCCGGGAACAAUGUAUGUGCAGACUGCGGAUCCCCUGAUCCAAAAUGGGUUUCAUUAAAUCUUGGAGUAUUUAUUUGUAUCAAAUGCUCUGGUGUUCAUAGAAGUCUCGGAGUACAUAUAUCAAAGGUUUUUUCAGCGAAGCUUGAUGAAUGGGCAGACGAUCAAGUUGAUUCUCUGGAGAAUUUGGGUGGCAAUAGUGUAGCAAACAAAAAGUAUGAAGCUUUGCUUCCUGAUAACAUCACAAAGCUGACACCAGAUUCAUCCAAUGAGGAGCGUGCUGAUUUCAUCAAGAGAAAAUAUGAGAUGCUGCAAUUUCUCGAUGGCAAUGAUCACGAGAUUUCUGCCCAUCCGCCUCAUCAACGUUCUCCAUCGUCAUCUUCACAGAGUUCUUCUCCCAACGUGUUUUCCCAAGAUAAAAGACAGUUUGAGAAGCAACCAACCAGACAUCGUAUAGGGCAAAAAUUUAGAAACAGUUGGGCAAGAAAAGAUAAUGAUCAUCACAAGUCCAUUAAGAAAAGCAAUUCAUCGGCAGGUAUGGUUGAAUUCAUUGGGAUGAUUAAGGUGAAUGUGGUCAAAGGCAUCAACCUAGCUGUCCGGGAUAUGGUUUCCAGCGAUCCGUAUGUCAUCCUCACGUUAGGUCAACAGUCUGUCAGGACCCGAGUCAUAAGGAAAAAUCUAAAUCCAGUCUGGAAUGAAAGCCUGAUGUUGUCCAUUCCGGAAAACAUUCCACCUUUGAAAGUGGUUGUGUACGAUAAAGAUACUUUCUCAUAUGAUGACUUUAUGGGGGAUGCGGAGAUCGACAUUCAACCACUGGUUACUGCAGCGCAAGCCCAUGAGCAUUCCGAGAUUCAUGAAUCAAUGCCGGUUUUAGAUAAAGACAACACCCUAGAAAAAGACGGUCUUAUUACCGUGUUAGAUGGGAAAGCAAAACAGGAUCUCUCUGUUCAGCUACAAAAUGUCGAAACAGGGGUGCUUGAGAUCGAGAUCGAAUGCCUUCCUCUUACUCAAUAGCUGUCUAGAAAUAAAGAUUCGGGUACAUAUCGGGAUACCGAAGAAUUUGUUUAUGUAAGCCAGUUUGAAUGGAUAAAUGUAACCUAGGAAAAUGUCAUCGUUAAAAGGUUUUAAACAAUGCAUUGAUGAUGAUUAAGCAGCGGGCAAAAGCCCCAUUCAUAGAAUGAAACAAUGAUGUGUAUAAUUUUGUA